UCCAUGAAUGAGUCUUUCCAAUAUCUGAACAUUGCAUGUUUGGAGAAUGUCUGUAGCAACACAACAGCAGCUCCGAGACCCCCAGUGUUGAUGGACGCCUGGUUGGUGCCCCUCUUCUUCGGGAUUCUGAUGGUGGUCGGACUGGCUGGAAACUCGUUGGUGAUUUAUGUGGUAACGAAGCACAAGCAGAUGCGAACAGUUACCAACUUUUACAUAGCAAAUCUGGCUACAACUGAUAUUAUAUUUCUGGUGUGCUGUGUUCCUUUCACCGCAGUCCUAUACCCACUCCCCAGCUGGAUUUUCGGGGAGUUCAUGUGCAAAUUUGUCAAUUACAUACAACAGGUAUCAGUACAGGCAACAUGCGUUACAUUGACUGCAAUGAGUGUAGACAGGUGGUAUGUAACAGUAUAUCCACUCAGAUCCCUGAGGCAAAGAACACCCCGGGUGGCUAUGGCCGUCAGUCUUGGGAUAUGGAUUGGGUCUUUUAUUGUGUCCAUACCAGUGGCUAUGUAUCAGAAGAUUCAAAAUGGAUACUGGUUUGGACCUCAGGUCUAUUGCAGUGAAUCUUUCCCUUCAGCAUCCCAUGAGAAGGCCUUCAUUCUGCAUAACUUCUUAGCUGUCUAUCUUCUCCCAUUGGUCACGAUCUGUGUGUCUUACACUGCCAUGCUGCAUCAGAUGGGGCGACCAGCUGUGGAACCCAUUGACAAUAACUACCAGGUGCAACUUCUUGCUGAAAGAUCAGAGGCCAUGCGCACAAAGAUCUCCAGGAUGUUGGCAGUUAUGGUCCUUCUCUUUGCUCUCUGCUGGGGUCCCAUCCAGUUAUACAUCCUUUUCCAAUCUUUCCUCCCAAACUUUAACAGGAAUUACUACACAUACAAAGUCAAAAUCUGGGCCCAUUGCAUGUCCUACACAAAUUCCUCCAUCAAUCCCAUAGUAUAUGCAUUCAUGGGAGACAAUUUCAGAAAAUCGUUCAAGAAGGCAUUCCCAUUCAUCCUCAAACAGAGAGUUGGGAAUACAAACAGUGGAAAUGCUGCUGGCAACACGGAGAUGCAUUUUGUUUCAUCUGGAACAUAA